AUGGACUAUAGAGCAGGACUGCUGCUUUUAACUAUCUGCUGGGCAGGUGUUGAUGGUCAGACUCUGACAGAAUCGGAACCAGUGGUUAAAAAGCCUGGAGAAUCCCACAAAUUGACCUGUACAACCUCUGGAUUCACAUUCAGUAGCUACUACAUGGCCUGGGUCAGACAGGCUCCUGGAAAAGGACUGGAGUGGAUUGCUUAUAUAAGCACAGGCAGUUUUCCUAUCUAUUACUCCCAGUCAGUCCAGGGUAGAUUCACCAUCUCCAGAGAUGACUUCAGCAGUAAGCUCUAUCUACAGAUGAACAGCCUGAAGACUGAGGACACAGCAGUGUAUUACUGUGCCAGAGACACAGUGAGAGACAUACGUGUGGCCUCAAACUCCCAAUACGCAGGGUGUAACUCAUUUUAUAUGCAAAUGAUGGACUAUAGGACAGGACUGCUGCUUUUAACUAUCUGCUGGGCAGGUGUUGAUGGUCAGACUCUGACAGAAUCUGAACCAGCAGUUAAAAAGCCUGGAGAAUCCCACAGAUUGACCUGUACAGCUUCUGGAUUUGACUUUGGUGGCUCUUGGAUGGCUUGGAUCAGACAGGCUUCUGGAAAAGGACCGGAGUGGAUUGCAACUAUCAGUAGUGGUGGUGGUAGUACCAAAUUCUACUCUCAGUCAGUUCAAGGCCGGUUCACCAUCUCCAGAGACAACAGCAGACAACAGCUGUAUCUGCAGAUGAACAGUCUGAAGACUGAAGAUUCUGCUGUUUAUUAUUGUGCUCGAGAGCCACAGUGA